CCUAGUUCAGGUGUGUCUCCGCUCUCUCUCACUCUCGGAUAUUAGCCUCUCCCUCCCUUCCUCUUCCGAACUGCUCUGGUCCCUCAGCCGCGUCUCCUUCACCAUCACUGCCUCCUCCUCCUCUUCCUCCUCCUCCUCCUCCUCCUCCGCUUCAGCACGCAGCUCCAGCGGCAAGGUCUUGUUAAGCAGUCAUGCUGGCAACGCUAGAAUCUAGAUGUUUCUGUGUAUUUCCGCGACAGAUCCGAUACCUCCAGGAUUUCGGGUCGAGGGACUGGGGCUCUUCCUCUUCGGCAGAAGUGGACCUGGAUGUGAUUGAGGAGUACCUGCAGGAGCACUCGGUGGAGGUGCAGCAAGGAGGCCCAGCUCCCUGUCGCAGGAGCGAGGAGGAGACCAGCAUCGUGGAAAACAGUUGGUCAGGCCGCUUUGCGUACGAGUGGCGGUACAGCUCACUCGCCAGAUCCACAGAGGAGGGCAUGACUCAGCAGUUACCACAGCAACCUACCUGGCCUGGCCCAUCCAGCACCGAGUGGGGCCACUGCCAGUACGCAUACCACGCCAACAGUGAUUCAGACUCCCAGUCCAUCAGCUCUGGGGACUACCCCCACUCGCCCCCCAUGGAGAAGAGAGGAAAGAGGGGGUGCGACAGCUUGCCUCUCGCUCCCAUAACGGGGAAGAAGAAAGAGCGGCUCUUCCAGUUCCUGUACGAGAUGCUGCAGAACCCGGACAUGCGCAGCUGCAUCUGGUGGGUGCAGUCGGGUGACGGGACCUUCCAGUUCUCCUCGCAGAACAAGGAGCGGCUGGCCCAGCUGUGGGGCCGGCGCAAGGGGAACCGCAAGACCAUGACCUACCAGAAGAUGGCGCGCGCGCUGCGCAACUACUCCCGCACCGGCGAGAUCUGCAAGGUGAAGAGGAAGCUCACCUACCAGUUCAACGAGGGCACCCUGAGGGGGCUCCGGACCGGCGGCGGCGGCAGCAGCAGGACGGUAGGAUGUUAAGGGGGGGUCCCCCAGAGGGGGUCCUACAGGAGUGCGCACGGGGGCGCCGGCUUAAAUACUGAGUAUUUGCGGGGACGGUGAGUCGCGGACACGAAACGGCAUUCUGGGAGCCCCUUCGUACUUCAGCUGCGGGUCGGGUCCUGAGCGGGAGAGCGGGUGUGGAGAGUGCGUAAAAUGCCACGAGUGUACAAAUGUGAACUUGAUUUAAAAAGCCAGCAAUUACCACAGGAGUGCUGAGAGACUGAA